AUGUGGAGAGAGGAUCAAGUCGUAUGGCCUCCAUACUGGACGCCAACGCCUCUUCCUGGUACGCAGGAUGACCUGCCCUUGGCUGCAACCCUCAAUAAAAGCGAGAACAAUACUCAGAAAGACAGCCCUCUGUUCCGUCUCUCCCCCGAGAUCCGAGUGCGCAUCUACGACUUGGUUCUACAGACUGUCUGCGACCAAGACCGGGCAUUUACGGACAGGAGUCUCUUCAAGAGGCCCAAUCUAACCGGCCCCCGGCGCAUCUACACGGCGCUGUUGCGGACAUGCCGCGCUGUGUAUGCGGAGACUUGGGCACUGCCCCUAAUAAAUACCUCGUUGGUCAUCCACGAAGGCUCUGACGAGGAUCGCCCUCCGAACAGGCCACAUUCGAUCAUGUGUCCGAACAAGCGGCUCUUUUACCUACAGGCAUGGCAGCUUCUCUUGAUAGGAGGCGUUGAUAUGACAUUCCAGCAGAUCAGACUCGAGAACAGGGGCAUAGAGGAGUGGCUGCGCCGCCUUCACCACGCCAGGGGCCAUGCGCGGGAGAUCGUACGCCGCGUAGCCAGUGAGAAGCACCCAGGGAGCGAAUCUAUCAAAAGCUUUGUCGAAGACAGUCUCAUUGGCGUCAGGAUACGCGCUCUCACGGUGAGAGUGAACCGUCGCGACUGGUGGAACUGGACGAAUGAUCCCUCGACCAAUUCGCCCGAGCAGCGCGCCAGCCGAAAAAGAAUGAUUCGCGUGCUGCAGCCAAACACGCCGCAUGACUUUGGACCGUAUGCCAAUGGUGACAGCGAACCUCUUCUAGGCGAAGACUGCACAAUAUCAUUCGUACUGGAGACUUUUGGCCCCAAAGCGGAAGAGCUAGACUACACAGUCAACCAGGCUAAAGACUGGGUCUUCAGCAUCCCCUCACUCUCGCAGGAGGGACAAAAUAGGCGUAUCCUGGGAUGGGAUGGUCAAGUUCUCAAUGAGAGUUGGGAACGAACCGUCAACGAGCCUCAUAUUGCCUGGCUACGGAAGCCGGUCUAUAGUGCAAUCAGGAACCGGGUUGAGGUACGAGUUAUUCGAUUUCUACCGAAACUAGCGCAGGAUUAG